GAUUUGAUCAUAAAAAACAAGAAAGCCAAGUUUUUCGCUGAUGGUAACACAAAGGUAGUCACCACUGCUUUGUCUGAUGUUGGUAAAUAUACUGUUGAGUCACUUAAGCUACCUGCUGCUCGUAAUGGCAUUAUCAAAGUGGCUGGUUGCGUUUUAACACUAAAUGAAUUGGUUCAAAAGUUUGAGGAGGUUACUGGCUCAAAAUGGGAAGUUUCCUAUGAUUUAACCGUGAGAGAAAGGUAUAAAAAUAAUAUCGACCCAGUUCCUACAAUGUUGGAUGAUUUUGCAGCUUAUUUAGUCACCACUAUAGAUUUCAAAGAUUUUCAUAGUGACAAAUUUACCUUCACCCCUCGUCCGAUUACCGAGGUUAUCAGUACCCUUGUAAAAUCUUAG